AUGGAGUCCUGCAAUCAGGGGACCUUCGGCAAAGACUGUGCCCUUCAAUGUCAUUGUCGAGACAAUAGCUGCUUCAACGACGUGAAAAGCGAGGGUUGCCAGUCAGGCACUUGCAGUCCUGGCUAUACCGGUUUUCCGGGCUGUCAAACAAUCUGUCCCCAGGGUACUUUCGGCGUGGAUUGUGAGGGCCGAUGCCAUUGUACUCCCGUUAAUCGCUGUCUGCACACCAACGGCAAUUGUGAACCCCCCUAUCGAUGCGUGCCUGAACGCACCGGUCCCAAUUGUCAAAUUGUGCGUCCCAGACUUAUCGAUCCUCCUACCGUAAAAAUAAAUUGCACCAAAUUCAUUGUUUCGUGGCGUGGGUUAAAGGAAAAGGGAAAUAGUGAAAUGCCUGAUAUCCGUCAAUAUAGAAUUGAAACUCGUGAGGCUCACUCGGAUGCAUUCAUGGAGGCACGCACUGUCGAUAGUCACACAAAUGCUUCCGACUACAGUGAAUCUUUUGAUGACCGUCAACCGGACAGUAUGAUCACAUUUCGCAUUGUGCCGGUCUUCUUUGUGGACACAGGAAGUGGUGAUGGUUACCUUGAAGAUGGCAUUCCCAGUCCGCCGUCUGAAGAAGUGGAUAUUUCUGCCGACGGUACGUACUUGGACGUUCUUUCGUACAUUAUCCAGACUUUUCGAUUGUUUCUUCCUAUUACGAUAACUUUUUGUUGA